AGAAAGCAGCUGUGUAAAGCAAUGGUAUACGCACGGGCUGUUUGGGUGGAGAAUGGGAAGCAGAUGGAAGGAGUUUUGCCAUUGAACUGGAUUGACACAGAGAACAAAGUAGUGCGAUGGCCUCUAAAAAACAUGUCUGUGGCACAUAAGCACCUUUUACAACCACAAGAGGACUGGUUAAGCUUUGAAUUUGUUAAAGUCAAAGUGACAUCAGUAAGCCGACAGGAGUGUGAAAAAUAUAAUUACACCUCAGCUCAAACCGAAGAGGAGGACACAGUCAGUCAAAAGAGAAUGAGGAAAAGAAGGAAAUUUGAAGAUUAUGUUCAAGGGUCAGAUUUGUCUCCUGAGGAGGAUGAGUCCUUGCCAGACAAGAAAAAGGGACAAAAUGCAAUGCCGCUCGAGUUACCUGCACCCCCAGAACUGGCUAACACUACCAUUAGACAACCAGAGAGUCCUGCAUCUUCAGACAUUUCUGGAUGUUCUUUUUCAACGCAUCACCGUUCACCCACAAGGUCUGAAUCAUUAGAAGCAUUUAGUCCAGAGUCAGCCAGAUCUAGGCGUUCUCGCACACCUCAGCCUGGAGUUCGAAAUCCAUCACAGUCCGGGAGCAGGAAAAGUCGGGGGUCCUCAUCCAGAUCUAGGCGUUCUCGCACACCUCAGCGUGGAGUUCGAAAUCCAUCACAGUCCGGGAGCAGGAAAAGUCGGGCGUCCUCAUCCAGAUCUAGGCGUUCUCGCACACCUCAGCGUGGAGUUCAAAUGCCAUCACAGUCCGAGAGAGGCUUAUUCCCCAUGUCUCAAGCUAAAUACCAGAAGUCAGUGCUUGGAAAGCUAGUAGAAAUUCUUGAUGAGAUAAAAAGAGUCGGAAGGCACUAUGAGCCACUGAAUUCUGCUGUCCACAUUGCUAGGCUAGAAAACUUUGAAGAUUUUGCUGAAGAAGAAGCACGUCUCAAGGAACGCAACCUCUGGGAACAAAAGGUGUCCCAGCUCUCAAAGGUGGGAGGGAGGAAUAACAAAGACUGCGUCCAUAAAGUUAUGGACAGGCUUUUCACCAACAGCCUAAUGGCUGCUUUCAACAUGAAGGGGCGGGGUCGCAGUGAGAAAAAAGCCUUCCAGGAUACCGUUCAUUACUCUGUGGUAAAAGCCGCAGUAAUGAAGUGGAGUAAAACAGCCACAGAAGUGGAAAUCAGGGCUGCCAUGGCUGAGACACUUAAACAUGCUCCAGGGAGAGCUGGAGGUGGAGGUCGCAAAGUGUGAACAUUUAGUGUACAUUUUCUUUCUUAGAGUUGUGGUUUGUUGACUCUUGGAAAGUGAACUGUGUUGGUUACUGGACCGACCUGUGUUUAUUGCACUACUCUAAUGUGAAAUCUGUGUUGGUUACUGACUGUUUGCACCAUUUAAAAUGUGCUGUUUUAAUAAAGUUAUUAAAAGCUAA